UCCAGUGCAACCAGUGAUAUGAAGUGAAAAUAAAACCUUUAUAAAUAAUUCAGCAAUCUUUUCCCCCCAUAUGUCCAUAUUUAUUUGUAAUUUGCGGGGCAAAUAAAAAGGAAAAAAAAAGAAAAGAAGUUGUUAAGUACAACAUCAAUGAAACCUGACACCAAAGUUUUCACGAAUUCUCCUCUGAGGCUAAUCGCUAACAGGGCACACUGGAGCCUGUUCAGACCAGCACACACACGCCUGUUUUUUCGAGGAAAAAACUUUGAAAGCUGCAGACUGGAUCAACACAGGCUGAACACUGAGCAGACAUGGAAGCUGUAGCUGGACUGUUGUUGAUGUUGUUCGGAGUUUCUCAUGCUUCUGUGUCCUCUGUCCUGCUGGUCUCUGAGUGUCUGUCCCAGGGAGAGAUGAGGGUGUCCUGCUCCUCUGAGGGAGGGGACAGUCCUCAGUACAGCUGGACUCUGGAUGGGCGCACACUGACAGAUGCUGAGCUCUUUUCUGGAAAUAAUGAGAGUAACAUCAUCACUCUGAAACAGCACGUGUCAGGAUAUCUGGCCUGCUCAGUCAGGAACAACAUCAGUAAUGUCUUCAAUAAAGAGAGGAUAUCUACUUGUGGCUUUAUUUUCAUUAACUGCACUUCAGUCAGCGGGACACAGAUAUCAGAGUGUGUGCAUAAAACUAAUAACACUGUGUGUACUGAACCAGCGCAAUGUUCUGUGGGCAACAUGUCAUUGAUUGGUGGUGGCCUCUCAGCUCUGGUAAUUUUCAUAGCUGUGAGUGCAGCGAUCAUCUGCUCAGAGAAAAAGCAAAACGACAAACGCUUAAAACAAAACGAGAAUGGAGAUGGCCAAGAAGUCUAUGCUGAUGUUGGUGUUGUGGCAGGUGAAGCAAAGGGAGAAAAUAGCAGAGCUGCAGUUAAUCAAGUCUUCAAAAUGAACUUGCCAGACUGAAACAACAGGAGAUGGUUUUGUGUAUGCUAACAUCCAAAAAACGUACGGUAAUUUAAGCGGUCACUACUUUUACAUAGACUGCAUCAUUCAAGGUCCAUGGAGGGAGGAGGUGAUGCCAAGAUGCCUAGAGGUCUUUCAGUUAAUGUGAUUUCCCAUCAGACAAAUAUAAACCAUCAAGGAUCACACUUAUUGAUUUAUUAAUUUAUCUUAUUUUCACUGUAUUGUACAAAAUGGUUCUGUUGUUAACUUAUUUAAGUACGGUUGUGGUGGGCCGUGGUAAGCGGUGUCACUGCAGGAGAGGGAGCACCUGAACAGCAUCCGCAAUCACCCUUCACCAGCUUAAAGUCUGUGUUCUAACUGUUGUCAUUGCUGUUGGUGGUGAUGUGUGUGGCUGGCAGCUGUAGAGCUGCAGCCGUGUGUUUGUGACAGCAACCGUGAGAGAGUAAAAGUGUCAAAGUAUGCUGAAAAGCAUGUUCAUGUAUGAA